CAAAAUAUAAUAAGCAAAAAGAUUCUGUAUCAAGUCACACGUGCCAUCACUCACGUGAUUGGCUUGUUGGGCACCUAUGACUAGCAAUAAUAUCGCUGCAACAUCGUUGCAACUUCCUCCUCUACUGCAACUUCCUCCUCUACUGCAGCUUAUUCCUCUGCUACAGCAUUGCUAUAGCUUUUUCUAUUACUGCAGCUUUCUCCUCUACUACAGCCGUCGUCGUCGCAGCCGCAACAACAACAACAUCAACAAUAGUAGUAGUGAUCUGCUCUUAAAUCUCUCUACUCUGUUGAGGGAAAUCCUUUAUUCUGUUGAGGAAAAUCCUCUCUCCUAAUCUGUAUAAAUAGGAGAGGAACAUGUUAAUGUAUUCAAGCUAAAGUUACUUCAAUAAAGCUUCUUUACUUCUUUAAUAAAGUUUCUUCAAUAAUUGUUCUUAUCUUCUAUUAUUUUCAUUACUCAGCACCCUGACCACUGAGACACUCGUCGUCUUCGUACAACGACUCACCUUACUCCGUGAGUUCGUUUUUAUCUACUUUCUCAUCGGUCUAUGCGCCUGUUCCGCCACGCCAUCGCCGGUUGAUCUCCAUCGCUCCCGACCCUGCCUUUCGGUCUCUGUCGCGCCACCCCGCCCUCCCCGCGAACGCUAUUGCCUCACUGUGCCCCAGGACGGUGCCAUCGAUCGUGAUCUAAUUCAUGAUCUUGCUGCUCUGCCCGCUUCCCGCCAUCCCCAUCCACGUCGCCCUCCCGAGCGCCUCGAACAACGGCGACAGCUAAUGGACCACCCCCUCGUUGCCCCCGGCCAAGAUCGCCAGAUACAAUUGCUACCACAAGGCCACCCCAGGCAACAACAUGCCCUUCCCUAUCUCCUCUUCCCCACCAUCCUCGCCUCCUCUCAACCCCAUCCCCAAAUCCUUCACCCGCUGCUAUAGUUGGCCUGGAGUACGCUGUGCUCUGUUCUCUACUGACCUCCACAACUGCACUACCUUCCACCAUCUUGACCUCGCUGCCAACAACCUCAUCGGGCCCGACCUGGCAUCGCUGAGCGAGUUGUGGGUCUUGAAUCCCUCACUGACGCCUUCUUGUGGGGCUCCUUAGCCCACCUCAUCGGGCUCCAAGUGCUCAGCCUCGGCGAUAACUCGUUCGACCCUAGUCCCUUCCCGAAGGUGGUGGUGAGCUUGACUAAGCUCAACUAGCCGGUUGCUAACUCCGCCCGCUAUUGCAGUUGGCCCAAAGCCGCAGCAGCCUUCUCUGCCGUAGCAGCCUCCUCUAUUGUAGCCUCUAAAAUUCCAAGGAUGCUGCGACAUCUCCGUGGCUGCUUCCCGGCCCGCAAUAGCUGCCAGUAGCUUCUUCUGCUGCAACAGUUGCUAUAGCAGCAAUGAUCUGCUCUUCUCACAAGUCUUCUCCAUCCCUCCUCUAUCUUCCGUGAAGAUCACUACUAAAAAAAAAACAUAAAUUAAAUUAUCUUCUUCUGAUAUUCCAGUUACUAUUUCUGUAGGGACUCAUAAUACUUCUCUUAUAGGGCUUAUCUCCAUCAAUGUUGUCACGCUAAUCCCUUUCAAGUUAUCAAAGGGUGGCAACUAUGCAUCCUGGAGGGCUCAAUUUUCUAAUCUCUUAUUUGAAUAUGACUUGCUAGGCUACGUUGACGACUCUUUUAGUUGUCCGCCAGCUAUGAUCAACAUCCCCGAAGAACCUAGUCCAGUACCAAAUCCAGCUCACAAACUGUGGUUGCUUCAAGAUCGUCUCAUCCUCUAAGCUAUUCAAGCCUCAGUUGUUGGAUCAGUCACUCCAUUGAUAUUUUCAUGUGUGAUUGCUACCGAAGUGUGGUCUAAACUACAAACAGCCUUGGCGAAUCAUUCGCGUACUCACAAGCUCAGUCUUCUAUCCAAGCUAAUGGUGACAAAACAAGAAGGAAGUACUAUCACUGAUUAUCUACAAAAUAUCAGAGUUAUCAUCGAUGACUUGGCUUUGAUAGGUCAUUCCCUAUGUGACGAAGAGAUCAUUAUCUAUACCCUUAAUGGUCUCGGAGACGACUACAAUGAAUUGGCAGCUACAAUUCGGGCACGCGACUCGCUAGUAUUAUUUGAAGAACUCUAUGACAAGUUGACUGACUAUGAGACGUAUUUGAAGCAUAAGGACAAACUACCCGGACCGACUAUCACAACUCAAGUUAGUCACAAGUCUAAGAGGAAGGGCACUUGGUACCCUACGAACACCACCAAAGGUUUGGCCAAUACACAUCUUGAUCUUAUGUGUCCCAUGCAAAACCCCCCCUUAUCCUCCUAAUCAUAACUUCUUGCAAAGUGGCAACUCCAAUAAUCGUCCGUCUUGGCAUCCUACCCUACCAAGCCAACAAAGACGGGUCGUCUGCUAGUUGUGUAAUAAAAUUGGACACUCUGCUAAAGUUUGUCGGUCUUGACCAAGCCAACAAAGACAGGUCAUCUGCUAGUUUCCCUGCUCCGUCACACUAGCCUCAAGCAAAUCUCCUAACUACUCUGACGACUAGCCAGCCCAAUUGGAUUAUCGAUUAUGGUGCCUUCCAUCACAUCACCUAUGAUCUUCAGAAUUUGUCUCUCCAAUAACACCUAUGGUGGUGAUGAAGAUAUCAUCAUCGGUGACGGUAAAAGACUUCCUAUAACUCAUACUAGUUCCACAACGCUUAAUUCUGAUACUACAACCUUUACACUCGAUAUGUUUUAUGUGGUCGUCAUAUUAAACAAAACCUCAUUUCUGUUUCUCAAUUUUAUAAAUAUAACAAUACUUCAAUUGAAUUCUUUUCUAAUUCCUUUCUUGUCAAGGACUUGAGCACGGGAGUAUCCUUGAUCUAGGGCCCGAAUAAAGGUAACAUUUACGAAUGAUCGUCAACUCCACAAAUAACCCAGCCCACUGUUUACUCUUCCAUUGUGGCUUUAGUUGAUGUGUGGUAUCGUUGUCUUGGUCAUCCCUCGUCCCUUAUUUAGCAGAAAUUAGUUUCUCAUUACUCUCUUCCUAUUUUUAAAUCAUAUAGUUCUAUUACGCAUUGUGAUUCAUAUCUUAGUAAUGAAAGUCAUCAACAUCCCUUUGGCUCAUCUUCCAUAUCCUCCUCUAAACCAUUUGAAAUUAUUUAUACCGAUGUUUGGGGCCCUGCUCCAAUCUUGUCUUUUGAUAAAUUCAGCUUUAUGUCAGUUUUGUAGAUCACUUCACUAAGUACACAUGGUUAUAUCCUCUUCACCAUAAAUCUGAUGUUUCCACCAUCUUUCCCACCUUUUGAAAGUUGGUUGAAAACUACUUUCAAUCUACAAUCAAGACGGUUUACUCUGACGGUGGCGAUGAAUAUCAAGCCCUGGUAUCUUAUCUCUUAGCUUGUGGUAUCCAACACCUCAAGUCUCCCCCGCAUACUCCUCAACUAGUUAGCUCUGCCAAACACAAACAUCGGCAUAUAGUAAAAAUUGGGCUCACACUUCUACAUCAGGCCUCUAUGCCUUCAAACUUUUGGACAACAACCUUUCAAACGAUCAUCUACCUUAUUAAUAAAAUACCUACACUAGUCCCCCUUUAACACACUCUUUCACAAACCUCCAAACUUUUGUAAACUCUGAGUAUUCGGUUGUCUAUAUUAUCCAUGGUUACAUCUAUAUACCUCUCAUAAGUUAACAUCAAGAUCUAAUCCUUAUGUCUUUAUAGGUUAUUCUCUUGACCAUAAUGCUUUCUGCUGCUAUAAUCUCCACACUCACAAAGUCUUUAUAUCACGUCACGUUAUUUUUAUUGAGUUUAUCUUUCCUUUCCAAAACCAUACAUAUCCUUCCAUGCGGACCGCUUCACUAAUCAUUCCUCACUAGAGUAUACCUCCGAUCCAACCAGAUAAGCCUCCUAUGUCAUCGUCCAGUUCCUCCCCUCUAGAUCCACACUUUACUACUCCUCCAAUCCAGUAAUUUCUCAUUCCCUCCAUUCCUACUCCACUCCUUCCUUCUCAAAUUGAUGGGGUCAUAAGUUCAUAAAUGCUACCAUUAUCUUUACCUCCUUCUCGAUCAAGUGAUACUGACGUGCUUCCACUUGACCCGACCUGUGUAAAUGAUUCUCCACUGUUUAUUCCAACAACACAACGUCACGAUCCCAUAAUCUUCAAUCAUCCUAUGACCACAUACUCUAAGAGUGGUAUUUUUAAACCACGUCAAAUCCUUGACCUACAUGCUAUCAUGGAUUCCUCAUCCACCACUAUUGAACCCACCACCUUCACUCAAGCCCAAAAAUCUUCGCAUUGGCGUACCUCCAUGUGUGAAGAAUAUAAUGCCCUCCUCCAUAACUCAACAUGGGAUCUAGUACCUUUUCAUCCUACAGAAAAUAUUAUCGGGUGUAAGUGGGUCUUUUGAAUUAAGCGGAACCCAGAUGGCUCUGUUGCUCGAUAUAAGGCACGCCUCGUCGUCAAAGGAUUUCAUCAAAGACCUAGAGUUGAUUUCACUGAGAUGUUUAGUCUCAUUUUAAGCCCACUACAAUCUAACUUAUCUUGAGUCUGGCCACCACUAAGGGCUGACAAUUAUGACAAUUGGAUGUUAAUAAUGCCUUUUUACAGGGGGGCUCUAACUAAAGAUGUUUUUAUGCAACAACCUCCUGGUUUCACUCAUCCUCAAUGUCCAAGGCAUGUUUGCAAAUUUCAAAAAGCUAUUUAUAGUCUUCGUUAGGCUCCACGAGCUUAGUACACUGAACUUAGCUCCUUUUUUACUUUAGUUGGCUUUAUCAACUCCAAAUAUGAUACCUCGUUAUUUCUACGGCAACACCAUGAAGACACAAUAUAUAUUCUAGUAUAUGUUGAUGAUAUUAUUAUUAUAGGCAACAAUUCCAUAGAAAUCCAAGUGUUUAUCAAACAGUUAGCAGAAUGAUUCUCGCUUAAAGAUCUUGGAUCCUUGAACUACUUUCUGGGCAUAGAAGCUACAUUCACAUCUUUCGGUCUCUUUCUAUCACAAAGAAAGUGCAUUCAAGAUUUGUCAUCAAAGACAAACAUGCAGGACGCAAAUGUGGUUACAACCCCUCUCUACUAGUGGCUCUCUUAAAUUAUCUAAUAGAAGUCUUACUACGGAAUCCACUCAAUACCGACAAGUCGUUAGCUCUUUAUAGUACUUAGCUCUUACCCAUCCAAACAUCUCCUUUAUAGUUAACAAAUUAUCAUAGUUUACGUAGAGGUCAUCUACUAUGCACUAGUCUGCGGUCAAACGAAUCAUGCGAUAUCUUAAAGGGACACUCCUUUCUUCGUAAAAACUCUUCACUUUAUCUUUAUGCCUUUGCCGAUGCCGAUUGGGCAGACAACUUUGAUGAUAGAACAUCCACAUCGGGUAUAUUGUCUUCCUAGAGUUCUCAUAAGUAAAAGAUAGUCGCACGGUCUACAAUUGAAGCUGAAUAUCGUGCCAUCGUCAUUGCUACUGCAAAACUUAAUUGGGUCACAAAUAUGCUCAAGGAACUUAACAUCAAUUUCACUCCUACAAUAUAUUGUGAUAAUGUCAGAGCUACCUAUCUAUGCGUUAAUCCGAUAUUCCACUCUCAUAUGAAAUAUAUUGCUAUGGACUUCCACUUUGUACGCAAUCAAGUUGUCCGUCGUCAACUUCGUGUUUCUCAUGUACAUAUGACUGAUCAAUUAGCCGACUCACUCACGAAGCCUCUCGCUCGUAAACGUUUUGCAUUGCAUUGAUCCAAGAUUGGUAUCCUUGAUAGGAGCACCAUCUUACGGGAGCAUGAUAGUAGAUAAGAUUUCUCUAACUGUAUAAAAAAAUCUCUUUAUUUUGUUAAGAAAAAUCCUUCGUAAUAGGGAGAUCACAUGUUAAUACAAAUAGCUUCUUCCAUAACUUUUAUCUUCUAUCCUCUGUUUUUAAAUCUAAAUAAGAGGACGGUAAGAAAGUCUUAAAACUAGCCCACAUGCUUACGUGGACCGUGCUAGAAGUUUCUAAAGCCUUGACCGUGUCAUUCCUUAAUCCACAUACACCGAACAGGUAUAACUUAGAUCGGAGAUAAGGUAUCAGAUGCCAUACGGCUCGUUGAAAGGAAGAAGCAUCACACUACUAACAUUUAUUCUCCCUUAAGAUCAAAAGCGCCCCACCUAGAAGGAUCCAAGAAACUUCCUCUGCCUCUCCUUUAUAAGAAGACAAACAUCCAACUUCUUAGUUGGAACAUGGUUUAUCCAGUGGAAUGAACCAUGUCCCAGUCAAGUCUUAACGAAGCAAACCCCCAUCCCACCUCCUCCCUCUUCCUCUCUCCCAAAUGCUGACAUGGGCAAUGUGUUGACCCGAGCUCGAGUUAUACUUCGCCGCCGGUCGCCUGUGCAACGUCAGAGUCAGCCCAGUAUGAGGCGAAGUUCCCGGGACCCAUCGGAGAGGCAGGGGACCACCACGAGACCUGCUGCCUCCGGGCCAUCCACCGACCACCGAAGCCUCGAUCGUAGGAGAAGUCAACUUAUCCAGAAGUACGCCUUCAUCCCUGACAACUACACCUCGGUCGACCAGGUCACCGCUGCCUUGAGAGAAGCAGGUCUGGAGUCGUCGAAUCUGAUACUUGGGAUCGAUUUCACCAAAAGCAACGAGUGGACAGGGAAACUUUCUUUCGACGGCCAGAGCUUGCACAAGAUCGGCGGCAGGUCGAAUCCUUACGAGCAAGCGAUCACCAUAAUCGGGAAGGUGUUGGCUCCGUUCGACGAAGACAAUUUGAUUCCUUGCUUCGGGUUCGGCGACCACACCACUCAUGAUCGGGAGGUGUUCAGCUUCCAUCCCGAUCAAUCUCCUUGCCAUGGAUUCAACGAAGUGUUGGCUUGCUACAGGAAGAUAGUUCCACACUUGAGACUCGCAGGACCGACCUCCUUUGCGCCCAUCGUGGAAGCCGCCGUCGACAUCGUGGAGCGAAGUCGAGGACAAUACCAUGUGUUGGUCAUCAUUGCAGACGGCCAGGUCACCAGAAACGUGGACAUAAACGACGGGGAUCUCAGCCCACAAGAGAAGAAAACCAUCGACUCAAUUGUGAUGGCAAGCGCUUAUCCAUUAUCCAUUGUGCUUGUUGGAGUUGGCGAUGGACCUUGGGAUGACAUGAAGAAGUUCGAUGACAGGAUUCCGGCACGCGAUUUCGACAACUUUCAGUUUGUUAACUUCACUGCUAUCAUGGGCAAAAAUGCAAACGCAGCAGAGAAGGAAGCAGCCUUUGCUCUUGCUGCUCUGAUGGAGGUCCCCAUUCAAUACAAAGCAACGCUGGAGCUUGGCAUUCUUGGGCGGGUGACAGGGAAGGCCAAGCGAGUUGUGCCACGGCCUCCCCCAUUACCAGUCGCCCAAAGACAGAGUUCCUCGAGGCCUGCACGAAGCAGCUCAGAAAGAAACAGCGAUGACCAGAACCAGAUUUGCCCGAUUUGCUUGACCAAUAAGAAGGACUUGGCCUUUGGUUGUGGCCACAUGUGUUGCAGAGAGUGUGGUCAGAACUUGAGCAGAUGCCCGAUCUGCAGAGCAACCAUAACGUCGCGCCUGAGGUUGUACUCCUGAAGGUUUGACCGACAAGAACUCGUGAUCGCCGAAGGGUUGAACGCCAAUAAAGUUUCAUGUUAUGCGUCUCCAAGUUAUGUUUGCAGAUUUCAUGGUUGUGAUUUUUCUCUUUGUUGUGUACUUUUAUUCUCAGUAAGUACUCUGCUGUACAAAUGUGUUCUGUAUUAGUAAGAUUAACUGCUGUACCACAAAGAACUAUGUCUGUCAGUCUUGGUUCUCAAAUUUGUACUAAUAAAUUUUUUUUUUUCAAAUUUA